AUGUUUGAGGAGAAGCUGUUGGUUGGUGUCGCGUCGGCGGCGUCGACGCUUGCCGUCAUUACGUGCCUCGUCGUGAUUCCAUCGCUCUACAACACCAUCAAUGAGGUUCAUGAGGAGGUCCUCGAUGGCGUGAAAGAUUUUCGCGUUGAGACCGACGCCGCUUGGAUCGAGAUGCUCGACAUCCAGGUCACCGUGACGCCGCCGUCGAAGCCGCGCGUCAAUCCGUUCAACAGCGUGUUCCGUCAGAAGCGUCAGACGUUCGCCGGCCUUCCGGCGUGGUGUCAGUGCGAGCCGACGAAGCCGACGUGCCCACCGGGCCCUCCAGGACCUCCAGGACGUCCGGGCGCUCGCGGAACCCCAGGACUUCCAGGACCACGAGGACGCGACAACUACGAGACGCUGCGCGCCGAACCGUGCCCGCGACACGACUCCGGCUGCAUUCAAUGCCCGGCGGGACCACCGGGUCCUGUGGGAAUUCCGGGACCUGCCGGACGGCCGGGAGCUCCCGGACAGCCGGGACAGCCGGGCAAGUGCGGAAACGCCGGUCGACCGGGAGCGCCGGGACAACUCGGCAAUCCGGGACAAGCGGGACGGCCGGGCAAUCCGGGACAACCGGGACAUCCGGGACGCGACGGACGAAAGGGACGCGGACGGCCGGGAGCCGCCGGACGGCCGGGAAAUCCGGGAAAACAGGGACCAGCCGGACAGCCAGGACGCCCAGGCCAACGCGGAUUCGAUGGUCCGGCCGGACCAGCCGGAAGACCGGGAGCUCCAGGAAACAGGGGGUCCGAUGGACACCCGGGAUCGCCUGGAAACCCGGGACGACCGGGAGCCGACGCCGCUUAUUGCUCGUGCCCAGCCAGAUCGAUGUUCCUCAAGCACUAA